AUGGCGGAGGCUCCCUAUGCCCCCGACUACGCCUCCUACAACUGGACCGGUGCUCCCUCCAACUACGAUGCUCUUGCUACCAACGAACUCGGAGGAGACUCCAGGACUGAGAACCUGAACAAAUGGUUCCAGGCCGGUGACCAGGCCUACAUCAUUACCGCCUCUGCAAUGGUCCUGGUCAUGGUGCCUGGUCUGGGUUUCCUCUAUUCCGGUCUCGCGCGUCGAAAGUCUGCUCUCAGUAUGAUCUGGGCCUGUAUGGCUUCCAUGUCGGUCGUCACUUUUCAAUGGUACUUCUGGGGUUUCUCAUUGGCCUUUUCGCCUACCGCGACCAAUGGGUAUAUUGGGAACUUGCACAGCUUUGGGUUGAUGAAGACACUGGCCAAUCCUAGUCCGGGAUCGGCUUUGAUUCCGGACUUGCUUUAUGCCUUCUACCAGAUGCAAUUCUGUGCAGUCACCGCCGCUAUCGUCAUGGGUGCUGUCGCUGAAAGAGGUCGGCUUCUUCCCGCCAUGGUUUUCGUCUUCGUCUGGGCCACCAUCGUCUACUGCCCUCUCGCCUGCUGGGUCUGGAACGUCAACGGCUGGGCCUACAAAUGGGGUGUUUUGGAUUACGCUGGAGGAGGUCCCGUUGAAAUCGGCUCUGGUCUGUCCGCUCUCGCCUACUCGAUGGUUCUCGGUCGUCGUCAAGAGCGCAUGAUGCUCAAUUUCCGCCCUCACAACGUCUCGCUUAUCCUUCUCGGUACGGUCUUUCUCUGGUUCGGCUGGUUGGGUUUCAAUGGUGGUUCGUCGUUUGGUGCGAACUUGCGGGCUACCAUGGCUUGCUGGAAUACCAACCUGACGGCUGCUUUUGGUGCGAUUACUUGGGUUAUUCUCGAUUGGCGUUUGGCUCGCAAGUGGUCCAUGGUCGGUUGGUGUUCAGGUACCAUCUCCGGCUUGGUGGCAGCUACUCCUGCCUCUGGUUUCCUUACUCCUUGGGCUAGUGUGAUUCUGGGUAUUGUGACGGGUAUUGUUUGCAAUUAUGCUACCAAGGUCAAAUACUGGAUCCGCAUCGAUGACUCCAUGGAUGUCUUCGCCGAACACGGUGUCGCAGGUAUCGUCGGCCUCAUCUUCAACGCCUUCUUCGCAGACGACUCUAUCGUUGGCCUCGACGGUGUCAACACCGGCUCCGGAAGUGGCGGCUGGGUUAUCCACAAUUACAAACAACUCUAUAUACAAAUCGCCUACAUCGCCGCUACCUGCGCGUACUCGUUCGUCGUCUCCGCCGUCAUUGCCUUUAUCAUCAACGCCAUCCCGGGAUUGCAGCUGCGGGCUUCCGAGGAAGCCGAAUUGCUUGGCAUGGACGACGACCAGCUUGGUGAAUUCGCCUACGACUACGUCGAAGUCCGCCGUGACUACCUCGCCUGGACGCCUCAGAAGCAGGACCAGCUCGAGGACGGUCAUGAGAUUCCGGCUGCUGCGCGGUACGGGAUUGGCGAGCACUCUGAGAUGAUGCUCGACGGACAGCCUGCUCCGGAUAGUUCGCGGGGGUGGAGCGAGCCGGAUAGUGGAUCCCAGGAGCUUAAGAUGCCGGCUGCGCCAAGACAAGUUGCGGAGCAGCAUCCUGUAGAUGAGAUUCAUGAGACUUCGUUUCCACCGUCGUCCACGCAGGUUGAUGAGAAGAUGGAGUAA